AUGACUGCUGAAGAAAAUCAUCCAAUGCUGAAAGCAGGUGAAAGCAGUCAUGAACCUCAGUCUAGUUCUUCACCCGAAAAGAAAGUUCUUCUAAUACCCAAGGAUCUUUAUUAUGGUACUGGAAAUGCUGACCAUGGGGUUGAUGCUGGGAAUGCUAACCGAGAGGGUGAUGUUGAAAAUGCUGACCAAAGGGAUGCUGCCGAAAAAAAAAUACGUGAGAUUGUAUUCUUCUUCGUGCUGACACUUUUCGAGGAGAUUGUAAGUGCUGAAGAAACGAUCACGCAGCAAUUUCAAUUAUCAGCAUCCCCGUGGAAAUAUUGGAGUAUAUUGUUAACCCUUGUCUACAUACCGGUCAUAUUGGGUGCAACCAAAAUUGGCACGAAGGUCGGAAAAAUACAUCGAAUUAAACAUUUUCCACCCGACAGUUCCAUACAAAAUUCCUCGCGUGAUCUUGAAAGUUCUCGACGUUCAAAUUAUAAGCCACUUGGUUGUCAAUCGCAAAUCGUGUGA